AUGCUCUUGGGCAACAUCAACCGGAACUCAAUUUUCUUGGCCCUGGUGUAUCUGUGUGCCAGCGGCCAAGGAGCUCGCAUCGUAAUUGGCUAUCGUGUAGUCGCAGAAGCGGAAGCCCGUAUAAUCAAUGAUAGAAACGCCCCGUUCAGAGAUCCGGCCCGCGACAGCGAGUUUGGAAGCCAGAUUGGCAAUGGCGUUUACCUGGGUAAGGCCAUCACCCGCGCGAGUUUGCCUGCGGUCACGCAUGGUUGGAUGACUACUGACCAGCACAUGUCCGCAGUCGACAAACCAGGGGGAUGGCGAGAGACUCGGGGGAGAACAAACUACCACUGCGUGUUCAAGGCAGACGAAGACAGAUUCGACGAUGCCGCCAAAGCCUGGGUUCCGUCAGACUACUGGGAUAAGGGCGAGGCGUCCAUUGCGCGGUAUAUCCGGGGGUUCGAUGAACAUCCAGACGAGACGGUACGCAUCUCGUACAUUGCUGGCUACGGGGAAGCUUUGCAGAUGCUCCUGCCGACCAGAAUGGUGAAUGCGGACACGCUAGACUUCUACGCUAGGUGUUUCCCAUCAAGGGCAGAACUGAUGGCGUAUGAAAACGAGAGUGUUGACUGGACGGAUUGGAAUCUUUAUGGAGAACCUGGUGAGCCUGAAUGGUAG